GUCAGGCUGAUCCGAUCAGACUUCUCCAGUCAACCUGUGACUGGGAGGAAGGAAAAAUACGCCUGCAUGAACUUUACUUCCACUUGAACGCAGCUGGUCAAGGUAUCGGAGGUCCUCCACAGAUCAGGGAACCCUAYCUGCUGGAUCAGUUUUCUAGGUUUCUGAGAGAUAAAUAGAAAAAAAUAAAGAUGCAACAGAAAAGCCUUUUCACCCAAAGGAAAGUCUUGGUGGUCACAUGCAUUGCUGUAUUAAUACUGGCUCAGCAGGCCCAUGCAGGCCCGUUGGUCUCACAGGUCCAGUCCAGCUCAGUCCAGAGUGCAGACUCGGCAGGGGAACACACUCUGAGAAGGAUGGCCAGAAUGACCCCGCUGUGGAGGAUCAUGAGCAGCAAACCAUCCGGAGCUUUCUGCCAAAACAACUUUGAAUGCUCCACAGGACUCUGCAGGAACGGACACUGCUCGACUAAUAAACAAGCCUCAUCAGAGCCGGUCAAGUAUUAGAUGUCCCACGGCCCAACAAGAAUGUUCACAUGUGCACGACACAAAAUCUGAAGGGGUUCUGAUGACUAGAAAAGGAAAUGUUUUUAUUUUCAUCUUCCAGUGUAAAAUGUCAAAUAAUUUAUUUACAAAGGACGGUGUUGAGCCAAUUAAACCAAAACAUAUUUGGAACACAUUUUUUUUAAUAUGGUCUACAAAAUGCCAGAAUAGUUUUAGCUUUAAGCCCUCAUCCAAGGACACAAUGAUUUACUUUGGCCUUGAACCAAAUUCCACAGAUGAGGAAAUGGACUCUGUUAAACAAUCUCCUCAUUUAUCGACCCGUGUACUGACCACACUAACCCAGACUGGUAGCUUCUCUAUUCUUGGGUUAAAUCCAGUAAAUUCGUUGUGAUUUAAAGAAAAGUGUUUUUAUAAUUACUGGGUUAUUUUACUAACAGAUAAAGAUGGAAGAGGUUGGUAUCAGCUGAAAGCACAGAGAACAUCUAGGAAGCUCCUGACCUUUGCUUUGUUCCGCUGUCUCGUGUUGUACCAGAUAGCUUAUCACUCGACUAGACUGCAGUAAAAAUUCUUAACAUUUUACAGACAAGUAGGCCGUUUUCAAACACAUGUGCAUUUCGUUUUAUCAGAAAGAAUUUAAAGCUUGGAAAGACRAGAGGCAGUGACGUAAUCAGCAGGCUUCUGGUUACCAAAGAACAGCGGUAGAUUUAUCUUUGCUGAGUCGUGUUUUUAAACUCUGGGAGCACAGGUGAUGAGGUGCCAACAAGAAAAGCAGAAAAGGUUGGAUUGAACUGAAGCUCAAGCUACUUAAACAUCAUAAAAUGAUCUUAGCUUUUAUUUUAAAUUCAAUUUUUUUACAUAAGCUUAUUAAUUUUAGAUUAAAACCAUUAUAUAUGAUGCUUUAAAUGUCUGCAUACUCCUUGUCUGUACUGCAUGAAUUAACCAGAUUUUGUAUUUAUUUCAUCUGUUUUAAUGUAAGAAAUGUUCCCCAUUUUUUUUAUUGCUCCUGUUUUUCAGUUGCCUUGACAUUAUUUACCACCCUGAAUAGUUAAACUUUUUCUCUCCCCCCUCCAAUGCGAACUCUGUAUCAUGAGGAACAGAUGUUUAAAUUUUAAGUUGCACAGCAUUUUUAUUAUUAUUAUUAUUUGCACAUCUAUUUCCAAACUUUGCAAAACUAAGAAUCAUCUUUAACUCAUCUGCAGAGCUAYGCACACAGCAGGUGGUUGGUAGGGUUACGAGUAGAGCUGCACUUUCAAACCAAUUUAUCGUUGUACUGUACUGUUACAUUCAUUUAGAGGGCUGGAUGAAAAGUGGAAUAAAAGUAUUUUGGAAAAAAAA